GCCAGUUGAGGAGUAACUUCCUCAACAGUAGGUUUGUGGUUGGUGAACAGCACUGCUGUAAAACAGGCGAGGUCGCUGAAGAGAACCAAGGGAACUGCUCGCUACUGUAUUACCUGGUGUUGUGAGUCACAGUGAACUAGAAAAUCUUUUAUAAUUGUGAGUAAACUUGAAAUAAACAGUUAAUUGAAAAGUGAAAAAAACCAGCCAUGCAAGAAACGGCUAAGACUCCAGAACGGGUUAAAUGUGUGGACUAUAACAACCAAACGGAGACGAUAGGAGGAGCUAGUCUCAGCCCCUCCAAGGAACCCGUUUCACUAGUAUGUGGCGGCAGUCGUGGGUUGUCGCUGCUCGAGAUUCAAAUUAUUCCAAAAGAGGACGCCUCAGCUGCAAUCCCCACAUCACCUUCUUCUCUUAAACAUGAAGUAGAUGGCUCCAAGGGGCACAAUCAGGGACUGCACUCGGGACAGGAAGGUCAAGGACAGAAGAUAGGUGGGGGAGGAAGGCCUGGCAACAAUACAAGUCGGAGCGGUCAAAACUCGCCGAUCGCGUCAACUGGGGAAGCUCCUCUCGUCUCGCCCUGCCAACCUAGAUUUGCCAAUUUCCUUCAGUCCACCGAUAAAAAAGUGCUUGUUCGAAACCGCAGCAUGGAAGAAGUUGUACAGAAAAUCCAUGAAGGUAGUACUCUAUGGAAGGUUCGGGGUGUAAACAAAUGGUUCCAUCGGCAUUUUAAAGUUGAUAUGGACAACAUGUGCCUUGUAGGAGAAUCUAAGAAAUGGUGGUCUCCGGGUGGAGGUGCAGGCAGCGAUGGACCAGAGAAUGCAGUUCCGUUGUUAGAGAUUACAGAAGUGCGUGAGGGCUGGAAGACUGAUACAUUCAACAAAGUCAGUAGUCACACAGAGAAGAUGAAAGACAAAACAGCAGGAGGGGAAGAACCAGUACUGGAAGAAAGCAAAUGUUUCUCAGUAAUUCAUGGACCUGGUGGGAGAGACGUCCUGGACUUGGUUGCAGCGACUGAGGAUGAGAGGGACGCCUGGGUGUCUGGUCUGUCUCACCUAGUACAGUCGGUUAAGUCACUGCAUGAAGAGAAGCAGUAUGAUGUGUGGUUACGGAAGCAGUUUGUGGAAGCUGACAAGGACAACAAUGGCUCUCUGAAUUUUAAUGAGUGUUGCAGUUUACUCAAGCAGUUAAACAUCAAAAUGGAUAAAACACAUGCUAAGAAACUGUUUAAUCAAGCUAACACAAGCAAGCAGAAAAGAGACGGUGAUCAAGUUCUGGAAGUUGGAGAGUUUGUGUCUUUCUACCAUACACUGUUGAAGAUGCCAGAAAUUGAAAAGUUGUACAAAAAAUAUGCAAGUGAGAAAUCUCAGCUGAUGAGUGCGGACCAACUGUGUGCCUUCCUGCAAAAAGAACAAGGCCUUCCCAACUAUGAUGCUAACCAAGCCACCACACUCAUCAAUGAAUUUGAAAUCAGUGAUCUCAAAGACCAAGGAUAUAUGACCCAAGAUGGAUUCUACCACAUGCUGCUGUCUGAUAUGUUUGAUAUUUUCAACCAUGAGCAUCAGAGUCAUGUGCACAUGGACAUGACUCAACCACUGUCACAUUACUACAUCUCCUCCUCCCAUAACACGUACUUGACUGGACACCAACUGGCUGGAGAAAGUAGUGUUGAAGGCUACAUAAGUGCACUUAAACGAGGCUGUCGGCUCCUGGAGUUGGAUGUAUGGGAUGGUGACGAUGGAGAACCGAUUAUAUACCACGGCCACACGUUAACCUCUAAAAUCACUCUUGCUGAUGUGCUACGGGAUGGUAUCAAGGCUUAUGCUUUUGAGGUCUCGCCAUACCCAGUCAUCCUCUCUAUUGAGAACCAUCUUGGUGUAGAACAGCAGAAGGUCAUGGUGAACCUCAUGAAGGAUAUCCUUGGAGACAUGCUUGCAACAGACCAAGCACCAGCAGACAUAACAAGUGUACCAUCUCCAGAGGAACUUAAAAAUAAAAUCAUCAUUAGAGGGAAAAAACCUCAAGGUAGUGAAGUGGAGUCAGAUGAUGAUGAUGAUGAUGAUCAAGAUACCAUUGAUUAUAUUGACAGUGAUGAUGGUGCUGCACAAACCAAAAAGGAUUUCUUCACUCCUCACCUUAAGACAUUCUACCGCUCUUUUAGAAGCUCUAUGAGGGCUAGGCAAAACUCCACAAAGAAGCGCAGUGUAUCACAGCAACCAGAGCAGAAGCCACACAAACCUCUCGCCCCAGAGUUAAGAGAAGUAGUCAAUGUUUGUGAGGGAAAGAAAUUUACAACUUUUCUUGAUGCCUUUGAAACUUAUAAGUGUGUUCACACCCCAUCAAUAGGAGAGACAAAGGCGAAAGGUUUAUUUGAGAGCAGCCCUGAUGACUUUAUAAAAUUUACAGAGAGAAAUGUUACCAAGAUUUACCCCCUUGGCACCCGGGCGGAUUCGUCUAAUCUAAAACCUUACCCAUUCUGGAGCGUAGGAUGUCAAAUAGUGGCAUUGAAUAUGCAAACAGAAGAUAAGGCCAACUUUUACAAUGAUGCAGUCUUUUCUACUAAUGGCAAAUGUGGCUAUGUUCUGAAACCAGAUAUUCUUCUUAAAAAAGAACCCUAUAGUCCAACGGAACUUUCAGACAGGUACACGAAAAUAGUGCGAGUGACAGUGUUGAGUGGGCAGCACCUGCCUAACUCAGUUAAGAAGGGUGACAUUGUUGAUCCUUACGUGCAAGUCAAAGUAAGAGGUCAUCCUCUAGACAAACAGAAGCAGCGCUCAAAAGUUGUGAAAAACAAUGGCUUUAACCCAGUGUGGAAUGAAACCUUAGAACUGAGCAUCAAGGUGCCCCAGGUGUCCUUGGUAUACUUUUCGUUGAGAGAUGAGAGCCUGGCCCGUGAUCCUGUUCUUGGCCUAUGCUGCAUUCCCUUUAGAUCAAUCUCAACAGGUUAUCGAUUUGUCCACUUUACUGAAAUGGGAGGCAAGUCCCUAGCACCUGCAGCUCUAUUCGUUCACAUUGACAUCAGUGAUAAGUGAAAUAAAACGAACCCAAAUGAGUUAGGAAGCUAAGGCAAUAAAUUCAGAAUUAAUGUGUUAAUUGAAAACGUUCAAUAAAGUUGUGAUUGAAUAGUGCUUCUAAUAAUAGAGGUAUUUUGAAGUAACCUGUGAUCUUUCAAAUACAUUAUUUAUAAAAUAAAAAGAAUUUAAAAGUCAAUAUUCAUUUGAUAUUAUUUGCUGUUUAUGUCUGUUUAUAUAAACCAUGAGUUUGUAGAACAAACAAAUUUGUUGCUAAUGUUAUUUUAUAAAUUUCUAAGUGAUUUGAUGUACACACCAAGACCACAAACUUGUCGUCCAAAGUAGAUUAGGACUGCAUAAAGAAUUUGUAGGUUGAUAAGAAAAUUAACAUUCUUGGUGUUAUUUGAACCAUAAGUAAUGCCAUGAUGAAAGAGAAACACAAUAAACACAUCAUAAAUAUGCAGUGACUAAUAUAAAAAUGGUAGUACAGUACAGUAUGUAUUAUAGAAUGCACUUAACUUGUGGUGGUAACAGCUGUCAGGUCUGUAGGCACAUUACAGUGAUAAAAGUAAGUCACUAGACAUACAAAAAAAAGCUGAUGCCGAUGUAACGUCAUACACAAUAAAUGCUACUGUGAAUUAUGUAUAAUAUCUUAAAUAAAAGUUACCCUUUGAUUUUUUCUUAAUAAUGUCUGAUUUCAUAUAAAUACAUAAGUCUUGCAGCUUUGUCCUAAACUUUCUGUCUAGACUUGGGAUGUACUGUUUAUAUAUAGUCAACAAAAGACAAGUUAAUAAAAUUAUUAAGUCUUUUUGGAAAUACCAAUGUUGUAAGUUGCAGUAAAGUAUCAAGAAGAAAUGGCUACAAUGCUGAACAAAUCAUUUCAGCUUGGUUACUUAUUCUGUACUUGUACUGUAUACUUGAUUGAAAUCCAUAUUAACAAUUUAAAUACAGUAUUGUAUAUCAGUAAAUCAAAUUAAUUUCCCCUUAUACUUUUUAAAUUUUUUGUGUAAUUGAAUAUUUUUGGAGUUGAUAAAGAGUAUUGUACAGAUAUUGAGAAAGAGAAUUGUCAGUAUAAAAUAUCUAACUAAGCCUUUUGAACAAAAAUUGUUUUGGUGUUUUGUUCAAAGUGAUUAGUAAUAUGAAGAUAAAGAUUUAAUAAAUUGUACUGUAGUGUUAAUAGUUAUUUAUUUAACAAUCUUCUUGGUUAUUUAUUACUGACUACCAAACAAUUUUGUUAUAUAUUGAAAAUUUGUUCCCUUUGAUUUGAAGACUUUUCUGCAAUUUGUCUUGAUUGAUAAAAUAAAAAGUUAAUUGGUCCAAUUAACUUUUUUUUUAAAGUUGUUAAAGACCUUGAAACAUUUAUCAAUUAUUUAACCUUUGUACUGUUGUUAGUAUGUUAUGUUGUUGUAUGAGGUGAUCAUGAACCUGUCAGUUCAUCAUUUACUUGACAUAUUUCUGUAUCAGUUUAAAGUGCUCUUAAAUAUAUUAAGUACAUCUUAGGUCUUGGAAUGUUAUUUGAGGCUCAUGUUCUUAAAACAUCAAAUAUUUCCCCCAAGGGUAGCACCUGCAAUGGUGAGUCAACCAAACCUUUGGUAGUGUGAGGUCUUAGUCACUUGACACUUAGCAUGAGAAGUACUGUACUGUACAGUAUUUACAAUAGAAUGAGACCAUACUGUACUUGCAGUCCCACUAAUUCUAUCAGUAUAACCAAAUAUUUAAUGUUCCAUGUCAUACAUAAUCAAAUCAUAAUGCAUUACUUUACAAUUAUAGUACAUUAAUGAGAUCUUAGUAAUAUAUUAUCAAAGUAUAAUUGCUGGCAUUUAUAAAUUUUACCACAUAAGUGAAUGAUGAUGUUACUUGGAAGAAUAGUUUAGUGCUCUCUGUUUUGCUAUUUUCUUGAGAGGGAGUUUAUAGGUAUUUCUCACCCCUUGUCAUAUUGUUUUCUUCAGUCAUAGACCACUGAUACACAUUAAAACAUCGUCUACAGCAGAUCCUUAAUAGGGAGUUAGGUUCAUUUUUAGGAUCUUCUUAAGUAAAUUGUAUUCUCCAACAAAAUUUAACUUCUUUUAAGGAAAAACAUGUUCUGGUACCCCAAUAAUACUUAAUACCAUCUAAAGUAUUAUUUUAAUCAAGAAAUAAAAGCUUUAAAGCUCGUCUAUUAUCCAACACUGCUAUAGCAUUUGUGUCUAAUUGGCAUUACUCUAUGUUCCUUCCUGUCCUCUGUGUGCUGCUUUUUUUUUUUUGACCAGCAGCUCUGUAUUGCACCUAAUUAUGGUGUAACUGACAACUAUCAAAACUCCAUGUACUAUAUAGUGAUGUAGUUGUUUAUGAAACAUUGUGGGAAAAUUAUGUAUGCUGGUUUGGUUUGGCCAUCAAAUAAGUUCACAAAUAAUUCAUUGCCUUCUGUCAGAAAUAAAAAAAAUCUAUUACAAAUAAUGUAGGUAUUGUAGCUUUGGCAGAUGUAAACCAAGAGGAAUGUGUGACAAGGGGAGCAGGAAUGAAAUAUGUGAAAAAUAGAGAACCGGGAAAAAAUAGAAUCUCGGACCUGAUUAAUAAUUACUUUGAGCAUGCUUCAGCCCAAAGAAAAACAGUUUAUGGAAUGACAAAUGCUUCUACUUGCCACAACCAAUUAACACGCUGUUUAUGGGUAAAAAUACAAACUUUACAUUGAGAAUAUACAGGUACUGUAUCUGCCAUAUUAAAAAAAAAUAUUUCUAAAACUUGUUAGGUAAUCAUUCUUUUAAUUCCAGCAUUUAAAGAGUAAAUACUUUCUUCCUUUUUCAAAAUUUUUGCUAUUGAUAUUUUUAAAUGUUUUACCUCGUAUUUUCUUAAGUUUUGCAUUUAUUUUCACUAACUAUAAAGUAUUUCGACCUCAGACUAACUAAUAAUAAUGUUCUUGGUUUUUGUCCACUUAAUGAUUCAUAUAUAAACAGCUCAUUCUCAUUUUUUUUCUUUGUAGUUUUUUAUUUUAGUCUCCAUAAAUCAUUAGGUAGCACUUUCAUGAUCAGCAAGUUACACAUGGACUGCAGCUCAAUCAUACAUGACUCGCAUCUCCUUAGUAUUUGAAAUAAUAUGGAUUUAACUCCUCUCAUGAGUGAUGCCACCAGUAAAAUUUUAUAGAUAUAUUUUCAUUUAUUGUUCAUGUACAGUAUUUCAACUUAAGAUAUAUUUAAUUGUGUACAACAAAAAGUGUUACAAACCCUUUUUAUCUGUUCCUUUUGAUGAUGGUUAAGGUACUGUCAAAUCAAUUUAUUUGUUAUAUCCGAUUUAAAGUACGUAUUAUUUCUUGAAGGCAGAGCAACAAAGUGAUGAAUUUGUUAUGGGUGUGUGCUUCCAAUACUUUAGUUGUUAUGGGCAGGAGUUGUAUAUAGUUGAAAGAAUUGUAUUUGGUGCAUCUUUUCAAAGUCUAAGUUCCUGAGACUUAGACCCCUUUCUGUGGUUUGGCAGCAUUUUCAGGGUGUUAUCUGUGAUGGGCUCAUUACUGCUAACUCGAGUCAAAUUAGGACUAAGUCUUCUUGGUGCAAUGUUACCUUAACAUCUGCAUGCAUUAUCCUCCCACUUUAACAAAGUUUUGGAUCUGAUUGUAUCAAGAAAAAUUCUUAUCUUAGGAUUAAUGCUUAGUGGUAUACAGGUAAUGUGUUCUACUUUGUUAAAUAUUCUGACAGUUUACAUCACAUGUUUUUCACCAGUACAGAUGUCGUGACAUCACUAAGAAUGCGAGUAGAUAAGGGCUAAAAUACACAUUAAAGGAGAUAAAGUUAACUUUUGAGUUCAUGUGUAUAAAAGUAAGCCUUUUCUCAUACCAAAAACCUCUUAGCUGAUGAUGAGCAUCUUUUCCCCCCAACUUUUGCCUCAAAGGAGAAAAUGAUUAUACAUAAAAGUAGCAGCAACAUGAGUACAGUACAGCACAGAACACAAAUGAUGUGAGACUUAUGAAGCUGUGGGGGUACAGUGUACAGUUGUGGAAAUGUGUCCCCUCCCCCGUGGUAACCCGUGUCUCCAAACGGCACCGUCGCAGUAGUAGUAUCACUAUUUAUGAAUGAAGUCUUGUAACGACAGAUGUGAUUGGUGGAUAGGUUUGCUAUAGGUCAUAUAGGCUGGCGAUUUGGAGACAGGUUACCACGGUGCGCAGGAACACAUUUCCGCAACUGUUCAAGUGAAUACAUUACUCGCUUUCUGUCCUAGGGUUACUGGGUUCCACCCAGAAAACCUUCAGUCCACCCAGUCAUGAAUAGGUUCCUAAUUUCAGUUAACUACAUAAAGGCAGUUGUGUUCAGUGCUAACCAUAUAAGCCUUGUGUGUGGAGGCUUGGUAUACAGCAAGCUGUUUCUGCACUGCCCCUUACAGGCCAUCAGGCCUAUGAAACCCACUUUCACUGUAGCUGUGAAAAAAUUAAUCGGAUAUUAGUUUGCCAUCAGAAGACGGCUGAAUAAAAUUGUAAGUAAUAACUGUUAGGGAUUAUAGAUUACAGUUAUUGGUUGUGAGAGCUAAUUAUUGGGAGUUUUUAGUAGUGUAAUGUAGAGAUAACCUAUCACAUGUCAGAUUUAGGAUUACCUGUAUUUCUAUUCCUUGAUUGGAAUUCACCUAUACAAUAUAUUUUUUAUAUGCAUUUUGUCACUGUUGAGUAGUGCGCAUAUACCAAUUAUUUAACAAGAUUAUCAGUAUUGGCUGGUGUUGUUUCACAAGUAGUGAUAAGAGUAGAGUUGUUGCUAUUCUGGACUAAAAGCUUUUUUUUAUACAUUUGGCAUAACUUUAAGAUCUACAAUUGUGUUAUGUGUUCAGUAUAGUGUAGCCUUAACACACUGAAAUAUAUUUUAAAAUAUUUAAGGUACACAGAUGUGCUAUUAUAAAGACUGGCAAAUUAUUUUCCGUAAAGAGCUGAUAUUAUUUUUUUUGCAAUUUAGGCAUACAUGUUCAUCACCAAUGAAGUUGAUUGUUUAGAGAAUAUAAUGCUAAGUAAUUUACUGUAACUGAAAUAUUUAUAAUUCAAGGUGACAGUAAAAGUUAGAUUAAUAAUAUUGAACUAGAAUUUAUACAUUAACAGAUCUUGGGUUUCUUCAUUAUUGAAGCAAUCUGUAUGUUUAGCUUUAUAGUUUGUAAGGGACAGUGUGGACUUGGACUGGAAUUUUUUUGUACUAUUUAAUAAACCACGAAAUAAAUUUCUGUGCAUUUUAUACACAUCAGUAAUCUCAAGGAGUGAAACACAAUCAUAUGGGUUACAAAAUGUUUUUGUAUUCCUAAAGUAGUUUGACACUUUUAUAUUUCGUGGAUGAAACGACAAUAGUUAUCAGAAUUUCAUUUGUCUCUGGUAGUACAGAACUGUCUUAAAUUUUGAGUUUUAAUAAGCAUUCUUGAAGUGUGAAUAAAAUGUAUUAUAACCUGUAUUACUUAAUUUUCGUUUGUACAUUAAGGUUAUCUUCCAAUCAUAAUUAACAAUGAUUUAUAAAUGAAAAUUUAUAUUUUCCAGUCAAGUCUGUAAUUCCAGCCCUGUGAUUUUAUACAUACAUGUAUGAUUGAAGCAACUUGGUUAUGACUAAAUUGCCUAUGUUUUCUAUUUAGUGCAUAAACUAAUGGGAUAUUGUUGAGGCACUGCAAGUGCUUAUGAUUUUAUUGAUUUGGUCAGAUUUGAUUGUUUAAAAAAAAAAUUGCACAUGUUCAAUACAAAACUGAUAGAGGAUAGUGGUGCUUAAUGUUCAGUGGUCUUUAGAGAACCAUUACCAACACUGCUUCUGCUGUGAUCUGCAUAUAAUGUGGCAAUAAUAACUUUUCUUUUGUAGUUAAUGAAGUUUCCACAAACAAGUUGGUGAAUCAUUACAGAAUUAAAGAGUGAUUUGUAUUAUUAAUACAGAAUUAUAAAUGUUAAUGUUUUGUUUACAAUUUUGGAUAUAAUUUAUAGUUAUAAGCUUUGCCUACUUCUCAUAUUAAGGAUUAUGUUACAUAAAGGUGCUUUUGUAAAAAAAAAUUGUUUUUGUCCUUGGUGUACUGAACUGAUAUGCCCUCUUCAGUUCUUUUCAUCUUUUCCUUUUGCCCUUGGCUUUUUUCUUUCUGCCACGUUUUUUGGAAGCUGCGUUGGGAGAUGUCUUGGACUCUGUCUUCUUUAGAGAAGCUCUGUAAAGAAAUAAAACCAUACUUGAAAUAUCUGAUAUUAAAGAUACACUGACAGCAA